AGUUUUAAAGCAUCCGAAACGCGCGUGACCUCGACGCUCGACGGAUUUAUAGAUUAGCCUUCGGCUCGUCUUGAUUCGCUUAAGCUAAAAUAGCAAUAAGUCCAUAAGCUUUAAUACCACUUAGUGAGAAGUGAGAAAUAUCAACGUCUCAGCCGUCACCUUCUCACAGAGUCCUCUUGUCGUUCGCCCUGUAGGGAGAAGUUUUUUUUCCAUCAUGCUCUCGCAGAAUGUUCUGGUCUUGUCCUGCGUGCUGCUCCUUUUGACGCUGUGCCCUGACGUUCUGUCUCGUCGGGGUUUCGGAGGCAUAGGUGGCCGUUGGGGUGGCAUCAGGAAGGCCGGAGGAGGAGGAGGAGCCAGGAGAGGUGGUGAAGCUCGCGGCAUUGGCGGAGGACCCCACUAUAAAGUGGCACAUGCCAACGGAGGAAGCUCCUCAUCGGGAUCGAGCGCAGGAAAAAUGGCAGGAGCGGCGGCAGCCGGCGCGGUCGGAGGCAUGAUGAUCGGACACGGGCACGGCUCCAUGUCCCGACCCGGAUACGGUCAUGGGGGGUAUGGUGGGUACGGUGGUUACGGCUAUGGAGGAGGGCACGGACAAGUCCGAUAUGACAAUGGUGCAGGGUUCAGGAACGAGACCUAUAUGGAGUACUACACCGGAGCGGCCAGCAGGGGGCUUACUUACAGUUGCGUGCUGCUGUUUGGAGCCACAGUGUCCUUGUUAAUCAGAUUCUGAAGCUCUGAAGAGUCGAUGACUUGCCGCACCCUGAAACGUAAAAACUGACUCGGCUUCCCAAGACACGGUGACUUUGGUUUUUAAAAGUUUUUAAAAGUAUAAAGCUGUUUUAUGAGCCACGACCAUGUAAAUAUAUCAGACAUAAAUAUGUUAGAGAUUUACAUUUUUUUCUUAUUUAUUCUGUGCAUAAAUAUAAAUCUUUAUCCCAACAUAAACCUGUUGUUUCUAUGGUAACACACAGUAAGUACGUUACUGAAAGCUUUACUGUAGCUGUGCACGUGUGCUGUCUGUGAGUUUUACUUCUGCUCCGAGGUUCACGUUAAUGAGCUUUGGUUCGGAAACGUGUGUGUGCUCCGACACGUCUCGACACCUCUUGAAGAGGAAGUUAGCAGCCUCUGUACUGUAAAUCACAUUAGCAGCGGAUUAACGGCGGACAGGACGACAGGGUGCUGUAGACGUCAGGGCAAAAACAAAUCUUUUAAGAUCCAGGGUACGGUCUACCUCACGCUGUCGUAUAGACUGCACCACUUUUAAACCUGUACUUUUGUAAUGCUGUUAAUCUGAAAAAUCAAAAAUAAAAGUUCCAAAGUGUUUGAA